AUGGGAGAUGCAGCUGUUUCGGCUCUUGUGAAGGAUGUGAUAGGGAGACUGACUUCUGAACUUAUCAAAGAGUUUGGUCUACUUCGGCGAUUCAAGGGUGAUAUUAUGCGUCUCAAGGAAGAUUUCGAGCAGAUCCAAGCUGUUCUUGAAGAUGCAGAAGAGAAACACAUCAAGGAAAAGGCUGUAGAGUUAUGGCUUCAGCGUCUUAGAUCUGCAUCCUUCAAGGUAGAAAAUGUGUUGGAUGAUAUCUCAACUGAAGCUUUGCUACGAAGUCUACACAAAGAGAUAGACGUCGAAAGAGGAAUCAAAAUAGGCAUCAAAUACAAGGUAAGAGCCUCAUUCUCCAAAUUUAAGUUUCGUGUUAGGGCUGCUCACAAAGUUAAAGCCAUAAGAACAAAACUGGAUGAGAUAGCAUCCAGGAGAUUUGAGUUAAACUUGAUCUCUAGUGACACAAGUCAUGUAGAUGUGGGAGUUGAAGGUGAGAUGCCUAAUAGGGAAACGAGCUCGCUUAUACUUGAUUCUUCAAAAAUUUUAGGAAGAGAUGAAGAGGUGGAGAUGGUUAUAAGAACGGUAUGCAACAAAGAUAUAGGAAAAUAUGACAAUGGUGAGAUUCGGGUGUAUGGUAUAUGGGGUAUGGGAGGCAUAGGAAAGACUACUCUAGCUCAAUUAGCCUAUAACCAUACGAUUGUUAAUCAAUAUUUCGACUUACGAUGUUGGGUGUAUGUCUCUGAAAACUUCCAAGUUAACGAGAUUAUAAAGAAAAUCAUUGAGUCCGUAGAUAAAUCUGGGUGUACACUUACACAGCUGGAUACGUUGCAAGCUUCCCUUCAAAGCAAGUUAAGGGAAAAGAAAUUUUUAAUUGUACUAGAUGACGUUUGGGCUGAAGAGGACGAAAAGGAAAAGUGGGAAAGAUUAAGUGGAACAUUAAGUUGUGGGGCAGAAGGAAGUAUUGUUGUGAUGACAACACGGUCAGAAAGAACUUGUCGAAUGAUGACUAAGGUUGGCGAGCUACGACAUCAAUUGGGUUGUUUAUCAGAAGAGAACUCAUGGUUAUUAUUUAAGAAGCAUGCAUUUGCACAAGGAAGAGUGGGGGAUGACGUACGUAAGCUAGAGCCUAUUGGAAGGGAAAUAGUUGUGAAAUGUAAGGGGCUGCCUUUGGCAGUGAAGACUUUGGGCAGCUUAAUGUGGUCAAAAAGUAGUAGCAACGACUGGCAACGUGUGAAAGACAGUAACAUAUGGAACUUACAAGAAAAUAAUGUCUUGCCUGCUUUAAAGUUAAGUUAUGAUAACUUGGCUCCACAUUUAAAGAGAUGUUUUUCUUAUUUUUGUUUGUUUCCUAAAGGCCAUGAACUAAAAAAAGAUGAACUGAUCUUGUUGUGGGUAGCAAACGGUUUCAUUCCGCCCAAAGAAGAAACAGACAACUUGUAUGUGAUAGGGGAAGAAUUUUUUAAUUGUUUGAUUUGGAAAUCCCUCUUCCAGGUUGAGAAGGGUAACAAAUAUGAGGAUGGUAUUGAUAGAUGUAAAAUGCAUGAUCUAGUGCAUGACAUGGCACGGCAUGUAAUGAAACAUGAUUGUUUAGUUAUAGAGCCUGCUUGUAACGAGGUUAAAAUCCCAGAUGAGGUGCUUCAUUUGAGCUCGUCAUGUCCGGAUGAAAAGUUAAAUUUAUCAUCUGAGGAUUUAGGAAAGUUAACAUCAUUAAGGUCAAUAUUCAUGUUCGGGGAGGGGGAUGAAGGUUGCAUUACUCAACUUUUGAACCACGUGUAUGUAAGGGUAUUACACCUGGCUCUUACCAUGUAA